CCAAGGUAGGAACGGCAAAACGCGGGAUGAGAGAUGAGAGUGGUGUGGCCGAGAAUAAGCGCAGCCGCUCAUCGUCUUCCCAGUUUUGACGUUCACACACGACACCAGCUACUCAGUCAAGGCUGAGUCGACCUAGGAGGGCACAUGACAGGCUUAAAUACAUGUUGCCAUUGGUGCGCAUGGCCGGGAAUUGAACCGGAAUCUUUGGAUAGUGCGUGAUCAAUAGACAAAGAUGAUCAACGACGUUCAUGGACGCAUACACACAGAUGAUUAAUACACACGCAGCCCCUCGCCACAGAUCUUACAAAGCAAACAAACCAUAUAACAACACAGACAGGCAGAUGAUACGGAAAAUAUAACUGAGAGAUGAUACAACACAUCCAGAUAAGAGGAUGUAACGUAUACAUAAAGAGAGAUUAUAAAACGCGCACACAACCACAGCAAUAACAAUGAAGACAAUCAAUCAUCGGUAUAUUCGUAAUAAUUAUCAGUAUAGCCUUAACAGACUGUAGGGGCAAGUAAUGUUAGCGAGCACGUAUGAAAGCCAAUAUGGUACAUGAGGGGGUGGUGUGGCUUGCACCACGCUCGGACGCCUUCGUCUCCCCAGUGGUGAUGCCAGAUGCUCAUGUUAGGCUGAAUCGACUUAGGGGAGGCCCAGGACCGUUUCAGAUUUUCAUCGCUGAUUGUUGGCCGUGAUCGAACUCGGGAUGUAAGGGCAGUGCGCUCAUCACACCCCCCACCCCCUACUACACCGGCUUUGUCUAUUGUGGUGUAUUCACCCACAGAGACAAGACAAUGGGCAACACUGCAAACAACAACCAGCGCGGUGGGCUAAUUGCUCCCGUCACGUGAGGCGAGGCGAGGCGCUCCAACGGUGCGUUGGAGGGGCGAGGGUAGCGGGGCCCAGAGCUCGCUCAGAGCGCGGGGCUCCUGUGCCCGGGGAGGGGGCUUCUCCGCCGCGUCCUCCCCUCCCGCCUCUUGGACUCGACUCCGAGCCGCGCUCCCUCUCGCACUCGGGUUCAGCGAAGCCUCCGAUGAACACCGUGCCAGAAACUCGCUGCGAACGUCGCGUUUUCUUUUGCAUCUCACGAUAGCAACAGUUGCGGGGAUUUUGUGGGAGGGGUUUUUUUCCAUCCCUCCUCGAGUCGAUUUGUUGCGCUAAUAGUAGUAUUAUUUUAUAUGUAUACUGUAAACGUAUAUGUUUAUUGUGUAGUUUUGAGUUUGACGACGAAGAUGCCGGUUAUGAAAGGGUUGCUGGCUCCCCAGAACACUUUCCUGGACACCAUCGCGACGCGCUUCGAUGGCACUCACAGCAACUUCGUGCUGGGCAACGCGCAGGUGUCCAACGGCUACCCCAUCGUCUACUGCUCGGAUGGCUUCUGCGAACUGACGGGCUACUCGCGCGGCGAGGUCAUGCAGAAGAACUGCGCCUGUCGCUUCCUGCACGGCGACGAGACGGGCGAGAUCGCCACGCUGCGCGUGUGGGAGGCCCUGGAGGAGAAGCGGGAGUUCAAGACCGAGGUGAAGCUCUACAAGAAGGACGGAACCCCGUUCAUGUGCCUUGUGGAUAUUGUCCCAAUAAAAAAUGAGAAGGGGCAGGUGGUCCUCUUCUUAGCCUCCUAUAAAGAAAUCUCAGAUAAGAAGGUCAAGUUUGCUGUGGACAGCGAUGGUGACAGUGAUGAGGAUGGCCAGCCCGUGGCGCACAGGAGGAGGGACGGUGGGGCCCUCGGGGCGAAUUUCAACCCGAAUCGCCGUCGCAGCCGAGCAGUGCUCUACCACCUCUCUGGACACCUGCAGAAGCAGGACAAAAACAAGCUGAAGAUCAAUAAUAACGUUUUCGGCGAAAAGCCUUCACUGCCCGAGUACAAGGUAGCGGCCAUCCAGAAGUCUCGCUUCAUCCUGUUGCACUACGGCACGUUCAAAGCAGGCUGGGACCUGCUUAUCCUUCUCGCCACAUUCUACGUGGCUGUGACCGUGCCCUACAACGUCUGCUUCUCCGAAACCGUCGAGAACAUAUCGGACCCACGCAGCACGGCCGUCGUUGAUAUCUCCGUGGAGAUUCUCUUCAUUAUUGACAUUUUGCUCAACUUUCGCACAACAUAUGUGAGCAAGUCGGGGCAAGUAGUUUACGAUGGGCGCUCCAUCUGCGUGCACUACGUAACCACCUGGUUCUUCAUCGACCUCAUUGCUGCUCUGCCCUUUGACCUCCUCUAUGCAUUUAAUGUCUCUGUGACAACGUUGGUGCACCUGCUGAAGACGGUGCGGCUGCUUAGGCUGCUGCGACUGCUGCAGAACCUCGACCGCUACUCGCAGUACAGCACCGUGGUGCUCACCCUGCUCAUGUUCAUGUUCGGUCUGCUCGCUCACUGGAUGGCGUGCAUCUGGUACAAGAUCGGCAGAGCGGAGAUCGAAAUCAAUGACCGUCACAGCUGGGACAUCGGCUGGCUGCACGAACUGGGCAAGAAGCUGGAGACACCGUUCCACACCAACAACACGGGCGGGGGUCCGUCCACACGCAGCGCCUACAUCGCCUCGCUCUACUUCGCUCUCAGCAGCCUCACCAGCGUGGGCUUUGGCAACGUGUCGGCCAACACCGACGCCGAGAAGAUAUUCUCCGUUUGCGCUAUGCUCAUCGGAGCGCUGAUGCACGCGGUGGUGUUCGGGAACGUGACGGCGAUCAUCCAGCGCAUGUACUCGCGCCGCUCGCAGUACCACACCCGCACCAAGGACCUCAAGGACUUCAUCCGCGUGCACCGCCUGCCCAAGCAGCUCAAGCAGCGCAUGCUCGAGUACUUCCAGACCACCUGGUCCGUCAACAACGGCAUCGACACGCACGAGCUGCUCAAGGACUUCCCAGACGAGCUGCGUGCAGACAUCGCCAUGCACAUGAACAAGGAGAUAUUGCAGCUUGCCAUCUUCGAGUCGGCAAGCCGCGGCUGCCUGCGCUCCCUCUCGCUCAGCAUUAAACCCUCGUUCUGUGCACCGGGGGAGUUCCUCAUUCGCCAGGGGGAUGCACUCCAAGCUUUCUACUUUGUCUGCUCCGGCUCCAUGGAGGUGCUCAAGGAUGACAUGGUGCUUGCCAUUCUGGGCAAGGGAGACCUGAUUGGCUCAGACCUGAGCAGCAAGGACCAGGUGCUGAAAACCAAUGCAGAUGUGAAGGCCCUCACCUACUGUGACCUGCAGUGCAUCCACCUGCGGGGCCUCUACGACGUCCUUGACCUCUACCCCGAGUACUCGCACCAGUUCCACGAGGACAUCCAGGGCGAGCUCACCUACAACUUGCGUGAGGGCCGAGAGGCACAGGCGGAGGUCCAGGGGGGCGUGUUCCAGAACCUUCCGUCAAUUUUGGAGGACGAGGAAGAUGCCGAAGGGGGCGACGAAGACGAGUUGACGCCGCUGACUGUGCGCCGCCUCACGUUAAGGCACAGAUCGGCGAGUGCGAGUCACAAAGCUAAUCCGUUGGCAGUAGGAACAAGACCCCAGGUUGCGGAAAAUGGAGCCUUAUCCGCCGCUACAGCAAUUCCCGGAAGAUUAGCGAUGUUAGACGGAAUCCGGAGUGGCCUGAAGCCAGAUAAUCUGAGGCUCCCUGGGACUGUGCCGUGCUGCGGUGUACCAGAGCUCAGCCCAAGAUUUGUUGAUGGGAUUGAAGAUAAUGGCAACACACCAGUGAAGCAAAGAUUUGAGUUCCUGUACAAGGACCAAAGGCAAGAUGCUGGCAGUACCACCUCUACCAUAGGAGCAGACACGACGCAGAUGAGUCCUGGGGCGUUAUCGCUGCCACCAGAAGAGCCCAACAAGAGCAUAGUCCGGCUCAACCAGGAGAUGUCAAGCUUGACCAAGGAGGUCACACAGCUAAGCAGAGACCUCAGGAACAUCAUGGAGCUCCUCAAGGGGCUGAUGCAGGUCCACCACAACCCGGCCCAACAGUCGCAGCACACCUCCAGUGUCACGCCCUCCACGGACAGACCACCGUCCUGGCCCAACUCCACCCCGGCGGGCAGCAGCAGCUUUGACAGCGUGCUCGCUCACGGCUCCGUUAGCUCCCAGCCCAUUCCGCAAACACCGCCAUUCUCUGAGCAGCAGCAGCAGCAGCAACGGAAAUCCCGCGAAACCUCACCGUUUGAUCGCGACGCUCAGACCCCAACAAAGGAGCAGGAGCUGCUUCUCCAUCAGCCGCAGGAGCGAAACUAUUCCGUACCACUGAAUAAGUCCGAGGUCGGUUGUGCGGUUGGACAGAUGUUGAGUGACGAAAACGAGCUGAAACACAGUGCGCGUCAGGGAAACCUCUCGGUCUCUGUGCACUCUCUCACUUCCAAUGCUUCUAAGGGACCCACACGUCGGCCUUCACUUAGCGAAUCCAUAACCGGUUUAACUUUUCAGGGAAGUGAACCUCAGGUUGUGAAUGCCGGCAAGGAGUCAUACGGUAGCAGUGGUGGCCUGGGAAACAUGGCCAUGAUUCAUAAUCUUGAAGACGCCUCGGAGGAGCUUCUGGUAUAUUCUACAGAAAUGGCAGCAAUGGGCAACUCUAAGACUACGACUGUCGUGAACAUGAUCGAUGCCAUAGAUUUCAUUGACGACGAAGGGACAAGUGUGUGAACGGAUUGUGAGCGGGUUUUUUUUAAAAAACUGUAGUGUUGGGAAUUUAUUUUGCUUGUUUUUAACGUGUUUUUUUUUUGUUGCAACUAAGACGUCACAUUCUCACGACGAUGUACAUGGUACCUGUUUGGUCAGGUGUAAAGUGCAUUUGAGGCAAAUAAAUGUACUUUAGAAACUACUGGAACUUACAUGUAUGUUACUGUUGGAGAAUUUGAUAUGUAGAUACUUUAAGAGCAUUAAAUAAUUUAAACAUAUGUAAAAGUUUUUUUUUCCACAGAUCAUGCUUUUGUACUAAGCAUUGAUUUAAAGUGAAUUGCAUGUGUCCCGUAAAACUACCUUAAUGUAUCGAUCAAAGACAACGAUAUUGAUAGGAAUUGUAUAACUUCCAAAGGCUAUUUUUAUAUCAUUGUCAUGAUCCUUUACACUAAGAUAAGAAGAAUAUCGUGUCUUGCCUUCAGAAUGAACGAUAUUUCAAAGCAGACUGGUUUAUAUUAAAAUGCAAUGAUUGAAAACUAAAAGUUUAAUUUUUUCAUACAUACUCUUUGGUUCUUUUCAUGCAUAUUUUGGGAAACUGCAAAUGCCUGAUUCGGGAUAAAAAAAAAACAAUUACUUUUUGCAAUCCCUGCUGGAGUAUGAGCUGAAUGAAUAUUCUCUCAAUGCCAAAACAUAUACAUGUAAAUACUCAGGUGAGGUAUAAAUAUUCCACUGAUUACAAUAUCAUUGUCCCGGUAAUGUGGGGUAUUGUUUUUUAUCCUAAAUUAUAAAGUCAGUAAUGAAAGCUUUACAUAAAACACCCAUUAAUGUUCGUCCUCUUUAAAAUUAUUUGGACGUUUCGCUGAGCGUACCUUCUUCAGGCACUGAACCGGGAACGUUCCCAGAACAGAGCAAAGCAUUGGGUACCACGCCAAGUGAUGCGGCAAGGCCGAGAAAAGCCUACCACGCAAGCAGUAUUUUUUUGGCAUGUGGUUCAUUUUUUUUUUAAUAUUCCCAGUGUUCGUGCGUUCCAGCUCCCUGGCUUGAAGAGCAGUGAGGCACAGUGGUGCACAGCAUGUACAGCUGUGCACCAGUGACAUGCGAGGUGGGGAAUCUCAGGAAUACUGAUCACUUCCCCACCAACUCGGCUGCUGAAAUUCAAACGAUCACGAGUUGAAGCGAUCCCAAAAUUGAUGGAUGAAAAUGUGUGGGGCAUUUUUUUGUGUGCAAAACAAUUAUUUUAUAUACAACUGCCCAGGUGUAGCAUUCUGAAUGGGCAAACUACUUAGAAGGCACAUAUUAUUCCUCACUUGUUGAAAUAUACAUGUACACAUAGAUACAGUAUGCAAAUACUGUAUCAGUGUAUGUAUACAUUUACAUGCAUAUACUGUAUAUUUAAACUGCCACUUAAGUGCCUUCAAUGUUAGGAAUUUGUAAGUUAACUCACCAUAGUCGUCCUACUUGUAGUUUAAAGUGGUAUAUUUUAAUGUAAUAUGAUUCUUAUGUUCCUAAAAUAUGUUCUACACACUUUGUGGACAAUUUUCUGUGGUGCCUGCAGUGUUUAAGCAUGGCAUGUAUGUGGGUGUGUGUCAUUUAUUAGGUACGAGUGCAUCAGUGAUUUACCUGUCCUAGUUAUCAAUAUAUUGUUUUAAUGUUGUUUAUAAUGUUGUUGACGUAGUCUUACUGUGUAGACAAAAUCUAACAAAUGGUAAUUAUUCAAUCAUUUCCAAUGUUUGUAACAUUUCUUUGACAGCAGCGUCAAUGCAUUGAGUACACUGCAUGUAACGCGAUAAAUGUAUUGUUUAGUGUCCGUUUUCUUUGCAUGUACAUCUGUGCCUUUAAUAUUACCUACCCAUAAAGCUGAAUAUCUAAGAGCCCUCCUGUUCACCACAAGUAUGAAUUAUGUGCUGAUAGUUGCUAACUCUGCCUCAUGUCCAACGAGUUAGACACGGAGAGGGCUUGUGUAUGGCCUAAAGAUGUUUCACUCUUCCUCAUUCCAUAUUACAGUAUAAUGUAGGGUUGGAAAAAAACAGUAAUAUGAAUUCUGCUGACAAAAAUAUUACAAUGCGAAGAAACGAUAUAUAUUGUAAAGCUUAAGUCUAAAUUAAAAAAAAAUAUCAUUGCUGGUUUAAACACAUACCAAUCUCAGGCAUAUUGUCACAGGCAGAUUUGAAAACCUUGCAUUUAAAAUACAUUGCUCUCAAAAUGCAGCUCUUUGGUUACCACAACUGUUCUCUGAAAGAGGAAACCUUUUUGCACAUUACAUUUAUUUUACCAGUGUUAGACAAGAAUAUACCAAAGUAUUUUAAUAUAGAUAUUAAUGUUAUAAUUACACAAUUUUACUGUGACUCCAUAUUUGGGUCAAAUAUUGAUGUAUGGGCAUUUCAAUAUGUUUAACGUAUCACGUAAAAAAUGUUUACCUAUGGAUUUCACCAGAAUUAUAGUUAAGUUAUUUAAUUAGAUGCCGCUUGACUGGAAUAACGGUUAACUUGCAUUCCUCGUGAACACAAUCGGGAGUAACAACAUACAGUUCGUAAAAUCCUCUACAAAUCUAUAAAUUCCUGAAGUCAGUUUUCCAUAAAGUGAGAUUGUUGAUGGAUCGGUUAUAUCUGAACCUAUUUAUGUUGUCAUGGUCCACUCUCUACGUAGCUUUUCGGUGGCUGGACACCCUUGGCAGUGAGCAUGCUCGCUACUGGGGAAGUUUGACAAGAAUGGCUGCAUGACACUGACACACUGCGAUUUCCCGCUGACAAUCACCAAAGCACACUGACGACUGUUAAGUGGAAAUUUGUCACAAGGGUGGGACAUUCAGUGUCAGUUUCACAGUCCAAAAUGCCUUUAACAACAACAAUGACACGUGAUUUUUUUUCCACGUGUUUUUUGGUUUCUAUGGUUGGUAAAAAGAAACGGAGAUUCUUGGCUCUGGACUCAUUGAAGGUAGAAACUUAGUGAUGUGUUCAUUUUGAAUGUGUUUCCAUAAAUUUGGGGUGUGGGAAGGUGCAUGAUGAAUAAUUUAUGCUGGUCAGAUUUUCCCACAUUCGCAUGGAUCAGAGGGACAAAAGAUUCACCAAGAAGUGGAUGCAUUGCAAGUGUGGCAUGAUGUGCACCCAUAUCACUCUUAGGCGAAAGUGUGGGAGGUAAUCUUACAGUUUUGCUGUUUUUAUGAUAUAGCUGAUAUAUACAACGUAAUGUUAUAUCAUGUUUAAUAAUGUAAGUUCCACAUCUCUCUUGUACGUUUGAACAUUGGGGUUAUUGUACAGCAUUUCAAGCCUUGGCAGACUCCAUGAAACAAUGUCCACAACAAUGCGGAAACGUUAAUUGCGUCUCUAUAAAACGAUAAUGAUGUCGUACAGCCUUGCGACGCCAGACGCAUUCUCGCCAUGAUUUUCGUGACAUUUUUCCAUCGCAGAAGUGUCCAUCGUCUCAUCUCUCCCAGUGCCCUCACGCCACCCUUCCACGCGCCAAAGCCAGGUCUCUCCCUCCGCCCCCUACCUCAACACUCAAAGCAUAUCCUGUUUAUUCAUAAACAUUCGUCACUCAACCCUCAGGUUGCAUCCUUCAUGUGCGUUGUCAUUAAUCAUUCCAUGCAUUACCACCCCUCCUCCAUGCCCUCCACUGCAAUCUGAGCACAAAAGCUGCUCGCUAUAGAACGUCCAACAGUUUGGCCAUCUUUACAAAAUCCACAUGCCACACAUUCCUCCUUGCAUCCUUCAUUCUUUAACAUGUCAUCUCACUGGCAGCUUUAUUGUUCUCCUAGAUACGGUAGAUACCAAUUAUUUGCAUUCCCCUAACCCGAUAUGUAUGUACUGUAUAUUGAACUUCUUUCGCACCGUACGUAGCCAACCGUGCUUAUCGGAGGUGUAUAAAUGUUGUCUUUUCGAAUUAGCUCUCUACCCAUUAAGUCUGUCCUAUCCUCUGACCUAUCUACUGUAUACACACCGUUGUUCAAUUCCUAAGGAGAAGCGCCCGUAAUAUCCCUGUAGUAUAUCGGCGUCAAAUGUCUCAUCUCGUCCACGGUUUGCGAACACUUAUUUAUCCGCAGUAUAAUUGACAAUAACCUCGCCUCUUUCUUUAUUUUCAUCUUACAGAUUACCUCCUUCAACCCAUCGCUGAUGCCGCACACACACACACACCACAUCGCUCGCCGCCCCCUCUUCUGUUGUCCAUCCCAGGUCCUCGCCGCUCCCCGUCAACAGCGAUCAUCACGCGUGACCAACGCAAUCACGCGCGUCUCACCCUGUAAACACGCGGGUAUUGUCCACGGAGAUAAUCGCAUCCACCCCUCCCACCCACCCAUUUCUUCUCACAUAGCUGCUCAGCAGCAAGGGCUUAAUGCAGUUACAGCCCCACAACGUAACGCCUCGUCCCUUAUUUACCUUUUUUACCUUUUGUGACCCUGUAAACACGGGCAAUUUCCUCCUGCGCAACCCCCCACGGCUCGUACAAUUUCCGUUAACUACUGCACCCCACCAGAUUACCAACGUCAUCAUCAGCCGUGAUCAAUCCAAAGCCAUUGAGGGUCUAAACAUCUCGCCUGGUGUACCGGAGGUUGUGGGUUCGAUCCUGACGCCUCUAUAUUUGGAGUUUGUACGCUCUCCCUGUGGUCAUGUGGAUUUUUAUCCGGGUCCUGCAGCGUUUCCCUCCGCAUUUAGAAACGUGCGUUUAAAGUAUUCGCCUGCUAUAAACAUUUCCACACGAUACGCCACCUGGUUGAGCUGUCAUUAUGUGGCCAGGUCACUUCUGAAAAGGAGCUAUAUAGCUCAGCGGGCCUUACCUCGUAAAAAAAAUAAAGUUUAGUUUCUAGUUCAUUACCACAUCUCACGAUCCUGCAAUGCAACGAUCCAUCUUAGCAGCUGGCACACGAGUUGAGUUCAUCCAUACGUCUCCUCAGUGGACGUGCGGUCACUCCAUAAUUUCUCUCGAUGGUCACAGUCAUCAUCCCUUCCAGCAUCAUGCCCUCCCCAACUUUGCUUUCGAGUUAAAAUGAUGUCUGCCUUGCCAUGAGGUCGUACUUGACCUCCCGUUUUCACCCUCGACGGUGAAUCCGAGUCUGCCAGCCCAUUCCUCUGCUGUCCACAGCUGUUCUCUGCACCACUUCUCACCGUACGCAAUGCUGAUUUGGGCCGGGGAUCGCGCACACCACUGACUCGCGGUGUUUCGCACCUCUGAUUAGCACGGUUGGCUACGUACGGUGCGAAAGAAGAAGUUCAACGUGCAUACACACAGCGCGAAAUAUAUCCCUUCAUCAUUACCGGAAUUGUGCCCGCCCACAUCCCAACACAACAAUCUUGUUUAUUUGGCUCACGUUUAUGGAAGACUCGUUCCUUCCUGUUCCGCUCAAGACUCACAACCGCUGACUCACCGUCUGGCUCUCUAUCAUCCUCCUCCUCUGUCUCUCGCUCUCUCCAUGGUUUAUCCUCACCUGUUAUUCAUCAGGAAGGUCCUUCACCUCUAGUGCACUCGAAACAGCACGGAAAAUUGCAUCAUCGACUCUUGCUUCCUGAAGCCCACCUGCCUCGCCUUUCACACAUACUCCACGCCUCUCAUUUCCCGAGGCCGCAUUAACCCAUGGCUUUGGAUUCCGGAACAAAGUCACAGCUGAGACUCCCCCCCCUCUUGAGUGGUCAUCACUGCCAGCUCUGUUUCCUGUUCCAGCAGCUCAACAAUAACAUCACCGUGCAGAUGACUGACGCACGUCAUGACGAACGUUCGUACACCUGCAUGGUCCGGCAGAAAUGCGCGGCGCACAAUGUCCACCACGUGGGUUGCCGGCAGCAUCAUUGCCCACAGCCAUCGGCAGCAUUCUCAGAAUUAAAAAAAAAGCUCGGAGAUAAUCUGACCAUUUUUGCUGCUACCUUUUCGAGUACAACUGGAUAAGCUGAUUGUGUUUCGUCUUCUUAUUUAACAGUGCAUGUCCACUGCUGUCUCGUCUUUUGAACGUUAUGUGAUUGUGCAGUAUUUCAAGCCUCAGCAAGUCCCCACAAUGCAAUGUCCACAGUAUCGGGAGACAACUUCAUCCAUAGUUUAUUAGCCAUCACAAAUGUUGUGCAACUUUGGAAUGUUCCCAAACCCUUGCCACGACUCCCACCAGCCUCGAAGGAUGUAUCCAACCCCACUUUGUCAGUGUUCUGUAUUAUGUUGAACUUCUUUCGCACCAUAACUAGCCACACGUGCUAACCGAAGGUGCAGGGGAAGGACAACAAACUAAACACGAAAAGAAGUUCUAAAGAAACGAGUUUUCAAUCUAGAUUUGAAAGUGCAAAGCUCCAGUGGAUUCCUAAUCGCUCCAGUGGUUCUCGCACCACCCGACCGCAUGUCUUCACCACCCACGUCUCCACAUGCUCACACUGAAUCUCUGUCUCCCUCUCACCAAGCUCACCGACUCUUUUAGGUCUCUACGCCAAGCUGCAUCAACACUCACUCUUAUCCUUAUUAAACACAAUACAGAAUAAUGCAUCGAAUUGAGACCCAUGUCUAAUAUAGGGGCUCACUACCUAUAAAUAUCUGCCAGUUCACCAGAAUUGGUUGAAGCGAGCCUGGCUGCUGACGAAACCACUAAUAAUCGAAAUUGGUCCAAUGCUGCUGAAAAAAAAAAUCAUUGCCAGAAGGUUUAGUGGCUGAUGGGAUGCGUAUUUUAUUUAUGCACUGUGUGAAAGGACAUACAUGGGAAGGAGGCACGAUGUCUGUUCAUUUAUUGCGUUAUCUUUUAUUCCAUAACCGAUUAAGUUCCCAUUCUGCCCUCAUUCACAUUACCCACCAGAUGCCACUUACAUUUCGCGUGGUUAGAAAUGAUUUAUCAUGGUUCCAUAACAGGUUUCAUACCAAAAAAUGCAAACUCCCGCGAUGAUCAAACUCUCUCCUUUCUCAGCCCGCUUGUCCAGGUGAGGGUUGCGGCGGUAACGUGUUGAGUAGUGGCGGUCCAGACCUCCCUUUCGCCUGGCGAAAGACUCCUAGCUCUUCCUGGGGAAUUCCCAGGCGUUGUUCCCAGGCCGGCCGAGCGACACCGUCCCGCCAGCGUAUCCUGGGCUGGCCCCGGGAUCUUUGCCCAGUGGGACGUGCUGCCCGGUAGAGUUCCAGGGGGAGUCUGGGAUCGUUUCAGCAAAACGUUCAACUGAAGCAGUAGCUACCGACUUAUUGCAAUUUCUCCCAUGAUUAUCAAAAUGACAAUUUAAGAAAAAAAAUAUGCAUCGUUUCGGCAAAGCACUCACCGGAAGCAGUAACUACUGACUUAUUGAUGGGAAAGUAAAAUACAUUAGACCAAACUUCACUCUGCUGUCACGAAAAUGGUCAUUAUAUGUAAAUCUCUCAAUGUUUGAAUCAAAGGUCUCUUAAGUAUUUACUCAUGUAUAUGUGUAUGUUAUCUUUAAUGCUGGAUGAUAACACAUGGCUAACAACUGUAUGUGUAAAUACCAGUAAUGCUAUACGCUUCAUUGGAAAACUUGUUUAUUUGGAUGGAAUGAGUAUUUCGGACGUUUCAAAAAAGUUAAAUAAACUACAAUAUAUACACAUUAGUAAAUGUGGCCUAAAAUCAUUAACAUGGAACUAUUUUCUCGGGUCACCGUUCUCAACGAUAGGCAGCUGUCUGAAACGUCAAACCGUUCUUUGCAUUUCUAAGAACAAAAAGUAAUGUCUCGUUUCUCUCUUUUAUUUAAUCAACCCCAUUGUGACGACACACCAAGAAGCAUUUAACAACUGCUGCAUCCUGACGUCUUCAUGUGCUUUACAAGCAUAUUAUUCUUAAACAUUUUUGAAAAUAAAUUACACACAAAAAUA